UGAUCUUGUACAGUUGUACGAAUCAAAGAAAAGAGGGUGUGGGUGGGAAUCCAUACCUGGAUAAAAAGAAAAGAUAAUAUUGGCCUAUAAAAGAGGGCAGUGUAUCUAUUGGAUGUGUGGAAGUUGACCUGAGCCAGAGACUUAGAGGAAAACCAACUCAGCAAGCUGCUAUUCUACUUCAGGGGUUACGAAGAUGAUCAAGUUCAACAUAGCAACUGACAAUUACAUGACAUUCAUCCAACAAGUACGAGACUGGGCGAAGGAUCCAAAUAGGUUUUCCCAUGGCCGCCCUGUCCUUCCGCAUCCACCUCCAACAAUAAAAGGAGAACAGUAUAUGGACAUUGAAUUACGAGCAAAAGAUGCUAAACAAAAAGAACGAGUUCUGACUGUGAAAAUCAGACGGCAUGACCUCUACAUUAUUGGCUAUCUGAUGGAGGGAGCUAACAACUGGCUUGAGUUCAAGUGGGAGAAACCUAAAUUGAAAUUAAUUCCUAAUUCUGUAUCUCUUGGGUUCGGCGAGAACUAUGAUAACCUAGGUACGCUAGAGAAUCUUGAGAAGGUGGGCUACAGCACACUGAAACAGACCAUUGCUGACCUUGCUGUAACCACAGACAGCGACACCAGGAAAUCCUCAUUGCGUGUUUUAGCUGUUAUGAUAUCAGAGACAGUUAGAUCCCAGAAACUGUCUGAUACUUACGCCCCCUUGAUGCAGGGGAUGAAAGAUAUUAAGUUUGACGAGAUGUGGAUGGCGCCUCUGAUUAAGAAUUGGGGUGAUCUUUCUGACAUGUUACUACGCGAGGACCAAUAUGCCAUUUACUUCCGGCUACCUAGAGACAAAGAGACUAAUCAGCCUAAUAUCCUGACAAGAACAAAGGAGCUGGGAAUUGUCACUUCCGCAGAUGCAGCAAAGUGUAUUUUUGUGUUAAAAGGAAACUAUCCAACACUUAAUAGGCAACUACUCACUGGACUUUCUGCCACAGCUAAUUCUGGUACCUCCAUUCAAGGUAAAGGGUUACCUCUCCUCCAGGUGUUCUCUGUUCAUCUCAAUAACAUUUCUGGUGAAAUCUAUGGAACGGUUCAAGUCGACGAUGGCUUGGGUAUAUUCCAUCUCUACAACCGACAGAGGACUGGUUAUGAGCCCAUUUCAAUGAACGAGGCUCUGACUCUUGCUGGGCCCUAUCGCGCUGCAUCAGUGAGUCAAUACUUUAAAGUGAGCCUCGAUCUCAAAAAGCGGGGAAAUAGCCCUACUUCAGACAUUGAAAUAAGCAAAGACAUGUUCUCAUGGGAUAUUUGUCAGCUUAGGAACGAUGAGAACUACGACAAGCGCCUAUCCUAUGUUUUGAAAGGCAGAAGUGGGUCUGCAACUGUUUACUACACCCCGUUUCGUGACGCAGUCCAGGCUAAUGUGGAAGUUGUGCUCAUCAAUGGAGAUGGUAAAAACCCUGCUGAAGUUUACGGAAGUCUGGUAGCUCGUUAUAGCAACUAUCCCAUUGGUGGGGAGCAAGCUAAAUACCAAACUAGUCUUUUCAACAAGGGGAACAAAGAUUUGGUGAAGGUGAAACCUGGGAACCCCAUUCCAUUAUCAAGAUAUGUGAUAGGUGUGCCUACUGUGGGAUCCCUUAUAACUGAAGCUAGCUUUUUCGUCAGUCCUGGUAAAGAGAUAGCUAAGGGGAUAGCAGAGUUUCUUCCUCAAUUGGAUGGUAAAACUGUGAAAGAUAUUAAGGGACAGUAUGGUGUUGUCCGAGUAACAGUAGCAUGGAAAUGCCGGAUUUCUGAUGACUGAUUGACCAUAAAAACAUACACAACCAAAUAAUUAAUGCUUUUCUGGCACUGGUAAUCCUUCUACGUUUUCUGGGUUGUAAUGUCUUCUUUGUGUUGUAAUGUCUUCUUUGUGUGUGUUCGCUGAGUGUUGUAAUAAACUAAUAAUCUAAUCUGGGGUAGUGUUUUCCCAGAUUGUUGAAUGGCUCAUCUUUUGAAUAAUAAUAAAUCAUUUCUGUUGGAGUUUGCUA